AUGCGCGCUCAUGCGCGUGUGUUGCAUACAACCACUAAGGACGCCAGUGCAUGGCCUGUCCCCAUGAAGCAAGGGAGCACGGACCGGAUAUUGUCUCCGAUCACACCAUCAGAUCUUCAACGUAAAAGAGAAGAGGGUACACCUCUUGUGUGUAUAACAGCGUUUGAUCAGCCGACGGCACUUUCCGUGCGCGCGGCUGGAGCCGACCUAUGCUUAGUUGGUGAUUCACUCACGAAUGUUGCUCUUGGACAUGCCAGUACUCGUGUACUGUCGCUUGAUGCGAUGAUCCACCAUGCAAGGACUGUACGUGCAGGUGUGCAAGCUCCUGAAUUGCAAUACGAUGCGCGAUGUCCACGCGCGCCCAUGGUGGUAGUGGACAUGCCAUUUGGCGCCUAUGGUGUAUCUUUUGAUGAGUCCGUACGCAAUGUUGUGCGCGUGAUCAAAGAGACACAGGCGACUGCUGUCAAAAUGGAGGGAUCAACGGAGCUUGUGCCUUUGAUUGAGCAUCUCACAACGCUGGGCGUUGAUGUGAUGGGACACAUCGGGCUUCAGCCCCAGCGUUUCGGCGACGCAUCUGGCUUUCGUGUACAAGGCGCAACGGCAGAGAGUGCGUUGAACAUAUUAAAAACCGCGCGCGCUCUAGAAAAGGCUGGAUGCUUUUCACUUGUCCUUGAGUGUAUUCCAUCUAAGGUUGGUGGCGUCAUAAGUGAGCGAUUACGAAUCCCUACAAUUGGGAUUGGUGCUGGGCCGCAGACACAUGGCCAGGUGCUUGUCUGCAGCGAUAUCAUGGGGGACCUCGCAAGCCCUGCACACGUGUCUGCUGUUCUAGCAGGACUGGAUGGUUCCGAUGAGCAUGUCUCUCUAUCGGUUCCGACACCAUCUUCCUGGCCGCAGCCACCCAAGUUUGUGCGCACGUUUGCGGCAUCUCAUAUUGGAAUGCAGCGCGUUCUGGCGCUGCGCCAAUUUGCAGAAGCCGUACGCACUCGCACAUUCCCUGAAAAUGCGUCGGAAGCGUACCGAAUCAAAACUCAUGAAUGGGAACGAUUUGUAGCAAUGUUGGAUUAG